AGUCACCUUUAGGUUAUCCACUAACAAGAACAACCCGAUCGUUCGUUCGAAAAGACUACUCUCUGAGCAGUACUUGUUACUUAUACUUGUUCCACUUCUUGUUCUUAUUACGUUUACUACGCAUCUCUACAACAACUUGAUCUUGUUCUUGCAUCACCAGUUGUUCUUGCAUCACCAGUAUCCAUCCGCUUCUGUUCGCAAAGAAGAACAAGCAACAAGAACAACAACAACAACAACAACCCAUCAUACAAGAUGACCGUCCAGUCGUCCACGCUGCGUGGCUCUCCACGACACGGAGACCACAUCUCGAACUCUACUCCGGCCACCAAGCCCAACAACAAUGCCAAGGCGCUCCAAUCCAUGGCUCCCAGUCCCGCUCUCAAGCGUUUUGAUGAGGGCUGGAAGAACUUGAUGCACAACGCUCAGCAGUCCUCACUGGGGAAGACCGAAGCUGCCAUGUUGUUCGCCUGUCACCAAUCUUUGAACGAAUACGCGAUGGACACGGCCGCGUCGGCAAACCCUUCAGGACCUAAUAUCAACGCUCAGGAUGCUCUGAUGAUGUCUCAGGCAGGCGGCUCGCAGUCUCAGCGUGGCUUCUACUGUAUUCUGAUCGGAGACCAGACGUCAGGCAAAACGACCCUUCUCACGCGAUUGUCGAAACUUAUGGUGUGAGUUGUAGAAUCUACAGAAGACUGUAGAACAGCUAAGAAAUCUAAGAUUUCUUCUUCGUCGUGUACUACUAUCUUCUUCUUUCAAGAACGAGGACCUCCAUCUUGUCGAGCACAGUAGACAAGUCCUCGAAAGCUAGUCUUCUUCUAAUUUCCAAGCUGCUUUCGUGGUGAAAGACGGCGUGGGAACCAAGGUGCGCACUUUUGUUCAGGUGCGCUACAAUCCGACAGUUUCCGAAGUUUUGUGCACUUUGGAGUAUACUGACCCCACAGACGGCGUGCGCAAAGUCAAUGAGGCCAUCCCUGCGCGUCAGUUAUCGGAGGAGUAUCACCACAUCUAUGGGGAGAAAGCACGAUACGAUUUCGUACAAUUUUAGUUUUUCUUUUUUUGGAAUAUGGAAUUGGAUUCUCUGUUUAGAUUUUGAUUUGCUUGUAACUUGGCCAGGUACAACUAGGGUCAAACUUGAACAAGUACAUGACCAUGACCAUUGGCUGGAUCGUCAUGAUUAGUGUCCCAUUGUGAGCUGUUGUGGGAUUGUAAGUAGUUUAGUUGUUGUAUACUCGGAAAAUACAAGUACAAGUUGUCUUUUUCAUAGUCACUCUGCCUUGCACAUGGAAAACGUUCGUGUGGAGCGUGAGGAGGGAUCAAUUUUUCAUCCAGCUUUCGAAAUUUUGAGAUCUUCUGACAUGAUUGGUGAAUAGUUCGUUGACUCACGAGUUGAAGAUGGAAAACAAGUAUUCGAGGUCGUCUCUCUCCAUCUUCCUCAUACCAGUUUCGACAAAGACGUUUCUUUCAACAGUAAGACAUUACCUCUCUCGUCCCGUCAACACAACUACAGGCCAACGUGACGCGAGUGCUCGUCGAUGUCCCGGAGCCGACUUUUGGGCUCGCGGUCUUGGAUAUGAUGGGCCUGACCGCGAGCGUGCCUGAAGAACAGAUUCGAGCUUUGAUUGAUAUGCAGCAACGCAUGGUGACGGAAGAACUCCUUUGCCCGAAUCCAUCUGCCAUCGGCGUUGUCUGCCACGCUAUGGACAAGAACGUCUCCGACGCUUCCUGGCCAACACAUUUGGUACAUGGUUAUUUGAACCAAGUAAAGUUAAGGCACAGAAAAACCCAACCCUUUACACAGCCCAUUCUUCUCAUUCCCCUUUUACACAAGGGGAAUCCAUACUGGGUUGCUGGCGUAAGGUUGGGCUUUUCUCUUCGCUAAUAAAGGCUGGGCAUUUGGUUGUGGUGUUGACGCGCAUGGACUUGUUGCAGUUGAGCACCGUGGCCAGAAUGUUGAUUGACCAAAACAAGGGUCAUCGACCGGUCAAACUGAGUCCGUGUGAGUUGUUGCAGCGAAUUCGUGCGGAUUUUUUGCGCAAGUGCGGAUUACCAGAUACUGUGCGCAUCUUCUACGUCGCUUCCUUCGCUGGAGAUUCGCAGACCCUGUUGUGGGAACCAGAUGCCUUGAAGCGCUUCGAGCAGUUCAUCAACAACCGCAACUACGGCGAAAAAGCCACUGAGGCGAAAAUGUUGCGUCUAUUGUCCCUGGACGAGCGCGCACGCUGGGCUGAAGAGGGCGUGGAGCUGCGUGCGAACAGUGAGGCCGAACAGAAGGUGUUCGAUUCCAUGGUUGGUAACAACGCUGUCUUCUCCUUUUUUUAAGGGUAGGUUAAAGGUGCUUUUCUUACCGCUUUUUAUGCCUCUCCUAAGGGAGAAAGGCAUAACAAGCGGAGUAAGCGAGCACCAAAAACCUACCUCGUCUAAUUUUUGCUGCAGAAGCAAUUGGAGGAACCGAAAAAACGCGCUGCCGAAGUCACUGCCGAAGUCACGCAGCGGUUCACCGCAGCCUCGCGAGCUCGCAGACAGUGCGAGCGCGAUUUCCGUGGUCAGGAAAAGCACAAACUAACCUGCGAUGUCCAACAACUGCUGGAGCAGUCUGUCUCGCGCUUUUUCGAACUCGGCACGCAAGGUGGACUGGACCCUCAGGAUGCGGCCUUCAGCUGCUUCGAGAAGAUGGAGCCUACCUUGGUUAUGAGACUGGUUGUUGAGUUUCACGGUAGUAGACAUAGUUCUUGUUGUAAGUGUAACCUCCUCGACCACUGGUCCUCUAAUUUCUAGACGAGAAGAAGCGUGAGUGAGAUUCGAUUUGAAAAUUGUCGUUUUUUUGUGAACUCGAAGGAAAUGCUCUAACCACUGCUAUACCCUCUCCGAGGAACGUCGGGUUUGCGAGAUUUUGACGGAUGGAAACUUCCCGCACUUCCCAGAGGACGGCAACUACGAGUCGCCGCAUAUCUUGAACAAGGAUAUGUACAGUUCGGAAGAGCAGAUGGAUGGAGAGGAACCGAUGGUUGGCGAAUUGUUGGAUUCAGGUACUCUUUUGAUUUUGUGAAGCCCAUGGCGCAUAGCCAUAGGGCUCCUUGUGAAGCAGUGACUCUGUAACUUCUAAAUCUGUUUUUAGGAAAGCAAAUAUAUUAUGAUUUCCAGAAUUUCAGCGUCCAAAACAUCCGCUGACAGGUUUUGACGUCCAACAGCAACAGCUCCUCGCGAAUGGCCAAGACCUCGCCGAACAAGAAGAAGGAGCCACCAUCAGUCGCAACUACUCCCUCCAUGCCAGUAAUGCUAACGCUAGUCCCGUCAUUGGUGCUGAUUUGCUAUCGCAGAGCGCCGAACAAGCCGUGGCCCUUGGCAAUCCGCGUCUUUCCGGUAGAAACCUUGUGACGGCCCAGAAAAAGCACAUGAUUCGCCAACUCUUGGAGAUCUGUGGCACGGAUCGUGCGAGUUCGGUGAAUGCGAGGAACUACAUUUACGAAAAGGUGUGAAGUUAGUUUUAGUGAUGUGAACCUGAGAAGCUACUACUUGCUGUAUUGAUAGUGAACUUCAACGUGCUACAUAGAGACUUGCUGUAUUUAUGGUUGCUUCCACUAAUAGCACAAGGGUAAAAAUACUGUCAUACUUCAAUCAUCAUUUGCCUGCUCAAUCUCAAUGAUCCAUUUUUUAGAAGACAAGUGCCUUAAUUACUUAUAUUGAUUUCGGCAUCUUCUAAUCCCCGCUGGACGUUCUCACCAUGCGCUCCCUUCGCGACUACUACUUGAUGCUCACGCUGUACCCGAAGCAGACUUUGGACACACGUGGCCUGUUGAAGCGAUCUGUAGGCUCCAAGCGCUUAGACGUGGAGGAGGCUUUGCAGAAGAAGAUCUUGAACGACUAUGGUGCGAUUUUCUAUGGCGACCGUAAUCAGGGAGGCGCGAACCUGUAUAUUGCGACGCGAUUGGCCUUGAACACAUACACCCAGAUGGAUGUGGCUUUGAAGACGGUACUCUUCGGCUCGUUUCUUCCACUCAAGUCAGAGCAUUAACUCUCUCACCUACUUCUCAACCACAGUUAGUUUUGAUUCUUGGCGUAUAUCGUGAUCAAAUUCAAAUUGAGAGAUGAAGAAUACAUCAAGGGGAACAACUUUUAACUAUUAUUGAACAUAUCUGACCUCACUGCCUCUUAUUCUUCUUUACCAGGUCUGCUUCCAAGCUGCUCCCCAGCAGAUCAUUCGCUGCUCGACCCAGCAUCAACGCGGCGCUCGUGCUCAGGGCACUCCCGAGCGACCGGAGCUCAUUGGUCGCAACGCAGCAGUUUUGCGCGAGUGCAAUGACGACUACCUGCUGGAGUUGCCCUUGGAACUCCAGGAGCUCAACACGGCCAACUGUGGUUCUGCUCGCGAGGAGCGCGGUCGUCAAUAUUCACUGAAGCAGGUGUUGAAAGAACGCGAACAAAUGAUGAUGGAACAGGAACAAAUGUUGGGUGGAUAUGACCUGGACGGGGACAAUGUUAAGACUUUACUCCACAUUACUACAUCUUGCAUUCACAUCCUUGGCCUCUGGAUUUCUUGAAAGCGGCAAAUAUCAAUAUGAGGUCAAGAAUGUACUUUAUCUGAAGAAUGUACUUUUACUAAGGCUGCAACCUCUAAGAAUGGCGCGGGAGCUGGUCUCGACUAUGCUGGUGCCGAUGAGGAUGGUGAUCGUAAGCUCGCCACACCGUGGGGCGACGCGCGACAGGUCUUGUUCUACUUCUUCUUCAAGCGCAGUCAAGAAGCUCUGCAGGAGAAAUUGGACGCUGCUUCUAGGAGUCUAACUCGCACAUUGAACCCGCAGAUGAGUCUGCUGCUGCAGCACAUGAACUUGUUUCUGUACCAAGAUCCGCAGUACAUGCGUGCUUGGCGUGAGACCUACCCGAAAGCUGGAUUCCACAGCUUGUUUGACGGAAUUGGCGUGUCAGCUGCGGCGACUCAAGCUCAACAGCAACAAGAACAGGUUGAUGAGAAUGGUAACAUCAUUGACCAAGAUGGUACUAACGCUCCAGCAGCACUGACCGAAGAGGAGGAGCGCGAGCGGGAUCGUCAGCGUCGUAGGGAGGCCCGGCGCAAGGCGCGAGAGCAAGAGCAAUCGGAGGACGGCGCCUCCAUGAUCUCCACGGAGCAGGAUUUGAGGCGUGAACGUCGUAAGUCACGAUCCGAAGGACGCUCGAAGAGCAGUCGACGCAGUCACUCCCGAGCACCAGCUGGCGACGAGGUUGCCCAGACCAGUUUGGAGCAAAACGCUACAACCACCAACGGCAUCGACGGCGCCAGCAAGCAUCUAUUCGUUGAGAACACCGGUUACUACAGUCAUUUCAACCAGUUUAUCGGAAAUGCGCCGGCUAGUGUCGACCGUCUCUCCGACCAUUUCGCUUCGUCGCUCCGCCAAAAGGUCUUGACUCCGCGUGAUACGGCUUUCAUCCUGUCCAACACGCUGAGCGCCAACAUGACGCCGUUCCACAUCGUGAGACCGGAGAACAUCGCCAUGCCGAACAAGUGUGAACCUACUUUUUCCGAACGCUCUAUGGAGUUUGCUUACCAGCGCAACCUCUCUAUGGCCGUUGUCCAGUCCUUGAACGCGUCUCAGUGGUAUGUGGCACAAGAGUUGGAGCAGUACAAGAAUAGCCAGAAGGAGCUCACCCAAUACUGUCACGAAGGACUGAUGUCGUUGUACUUGGGCUAUCAAAAACCGGUGCCGGCAGCAGAGCGGCCGCAACAUCAGCUCUUCUUCAGCCUGGAGUUCGUGAUCCCGGUAAAAUCGAUUUUAUAGGUAUCCUGUAGUUAUUAAUAUUAUCUUCAGGAUUAUUCUUGAAUAAAUAAAAUAAAUAUCUCCUCGUCCCAAAUGUCUACUUCCCGCCACCAUUAAUACAGGUCCUCUACCGCUUCCGUUACGAGCUUUUCGCUGCUUUCUCUGAAGACGAAGAGUCCACGUUCGACAAGUCUGUUGACCGUGCUCGCGGCGCUUCCCGCUUUCUCCCUUGGUUGUCCUCAAAACGACCGAUUGAGGGUUCAAACGCAGGUGCUCGCGAAGUCUCCUCGGAGCCGUCUCGUAUGGAGAAGGCGGACAACUUCGACAUCUCUAGUGAAGACGACAAUCAUUCGCCAGCAGAUGGAGUGCCAGGUGUGGAGCGAAUGUCGACCCGAUCGACCUUGGACCCGCAUUCUAGUGGCGCGGAAACGCCAGGCCGUAUCAACGCGCGUGGACAGACUUUGACUUUUGUUAAGGCUCUCGUCUAGUAGCUAGUCGUUGUCAUCUGCUAGUGGUAGUACUUGUGCUAGAAGUGAAGUACUUAGUUGUUCUAGUUGUUCUUGUAAAGAAUUAAAAUUCACCAGGAUGAGUAGGAUGUUAGUUCAGCUUCAGAGGGCUUUCUUUCAGUCACUACGUCGUUCCUCUUGUUUCACCAGUGUCUUACUUAAAUUUUGAGUUUUCACCAGUAUCUUACAACUUAAAAUUUGAGUAGUUGCUUGCUUAUUUCAGUUUAUAUCGAAUUCGAAUAGUACUUAGAUAUAUUAUUCACGAAGCCUUCGGAAGGCAACUACAAGGCUCAGGAGAAGGUUCUUCUGAAGUACAACUUGGAGUGGUCAGGACAAUAGACUGCAGUUGUAGGACGAUCAAGCUCCUUGUGAUAGAGGAUGAGGAAGGCAACAAGGCCACAUCCACCUCGUCUAACUUCAGCUGGCUCGAGAAGAAGGUUCUCCUGCACUCCCCAGUCGCCGACGCCGUGAUCUCGAAGUUCAAGAAAGCGCGUUGUGACGAACAGCGAUUGCGCCUUGUCGACAACAUCGAGGCCUGGAAUGAGUACUUCAACACCGGCAACAAGGCUGCUCUGGACAUCGAUAUGCUGCAGUUGUUGUCCCAGCACAGGUACGCCCACAUGAACUCUGGUGAAAAGCUGGAGGAGAGAAUGCUUGCAGCACGAUCUGAUGAAGUUUUCUGGAAGAACAUGAUGCGCGGAUGCAACGACUACAGCCAAUUUUUGGACACGCACGGUGAUGAUAUGCUCAAGCUGUUGGAGACGACGACUGUGUAAGGGGCCGCGGACAGAAGUUGUACGAUGAGUCUUCGCGGCUGUCGAAUGUGUCCUCGUCGGAGUGGAUACUACUUCUUGUUGCUAGUAGGAAGAAGUGCUUGCUUUCGCGCAAAGUGUAGUAGAACUAGAAGUAAGACGGGCAGAGUCGACGAGAUGUCAGGAGAAAGAAGCAAGCACGGUAUCAGUAGAAAUGUAGUCGUAAGUCAGGAUACACGAGGGCGCUCUUCGUGGCUCGGAAGUGGUGGUCGUUAUGUCGGGACGUAGCAUUGAAGAUGUUGACCAUGUUGACGACACCGUAGUUUACGGAUGACAAACCAUGAUAAUGAAAAAUGAGUAUGAAGAUCACACGGAAAAAUGAUAUUAGAGAACAUCGCUAACGCUAUAGCAUACGACUCACAUGAUGAAAUGAUAGAGCACAACAAAGACAUCUACAUCAUAUCAGGUAGACUAAUUUUUACAUGAUUGAGAGGAACGACAACGCCCUGUUUUAUGGCAUCAAUUUGGAUUGGGAAGCACCACAUAUUGAACUUCUUGUCCUUCUGUACAGAAAAGGUCGAAGUUUCGACAUACAGCAUGAGAAUUUAGACUACUACUUACAUCACUAACAAAUAUUGCCAUUGAUUUUUUCGCUUAUGGUUCGUAAACUAUUGCUGUUAUUUGACGAUUACUGAAGAUGAAUCCAGAUGAAGAUAAUUUUUCUUUUCUCAGCAACCAAUAUACUCGACAAAUAUAUAAUGAAGAUGAUAACGACACGACAUCGGCAUGCUAGGUCAAUCAUUAGUUAUUCAUGAUUUCUUUUCAAUACCAGGUUGACAUCGGAUUGGUUUGUUUUCCGAUUCCGAGAAGAAUACUGGACAAUUUCACUAGGACUAAGUAAUCAACUGUUUUAUUCUAUCGAUUAACAAAAACUACAUCGAGCACGAACUCGUUUGUCUGCCUGGCGCACCGAGGGGCAAUGCAGGACCAAUGAUUUUAUGUAGGGAUUGUUUUCUUAGAGGUAAGACCGAGGCAAGACCGACGAUCAUUCGUAGCUCAAUUCGUAGGGAUUGUUUUCUUAGAGGUAGUUGUCAGUUUCAUCAUAUUCCUUGUUAUUUACGUUGACCUACACGCUAUCUUCUCUCGCGAAGCCGUUGCACCUCCUAGCACUGUGGCAUGAGUGAGGCCCUUGAGUGAACUUAAACGAAGACGAACCGAGGCCCAGCGCGCAGCAAGGUGUUCAUUCAGGUGUCGGUUUCGGUGCCUGCUGCCAAGACAGGCACAGGCGAAGAUGUUCGCGAUAACGAAGGACUACUGCUCCAGAACCAGC